AAUAUUUACAAACACCAGCAGCAUUCAAAAUUUUCAAGCUUUGAUUAUUUUCACAUCGUUCGGUUCUCAACUUCAAAGCUGUAAAACACAGCCCACGCCUUUAGACUUUCUCUACCUUCUUUCUACUAAUAAUGGCAUUUGCCGUUCUACUUUCCAACUUCCACCUCCACCUUCUUCUGAAUCCAUCUAUCUCUCACUAUCUUCGUCUCCCUUGCAAAUAACCCUAUACUUUCUUUCUUCUUCUUCUUAUUAUUUUAAUUAUGGGUUAUCUCUCUUGUAAUGCAGAGUCUGCAAUAGCCACCUGCGAUCCAUACAAUUGGGAUCGCAAUAGAAGAAAAAAUAAAGCUACCAAAGCUAAACAAAAUAAACCAAUAAAAAUCAGAGACUUCACUUACCCGGAGUUAGUACAAGCUACCAACGGCUUCUCUGCCGAAAGUUUUCUCGGUAAAGGUAGCCACGGCACCGUUUAUAAAGCUUUUCUCGACGACGGUAAGCUUAUAGCCGCCGUUAAGAAAACCUACCCAAAUCCUUCAAUUAGUCAUCACAAUAACUGUACUGGCAGUAACUGCACCACUUGCAUGACUCCUGCAGAGAACGAGAUUGAGAUUCUCUCCAGAGUUCAACACACAAGGCUUGUUAAUCUCAUUGGUUUCGCUGUUGACGCGAAAGACCGGAAACUACUGGUUGUGGAGUAUAUGCCAAAUGGUACUUUAUACAGUCUUUUACAUUGUAGCUCUAGACCGCCCGGUUGGACCAGACGUGUUCGGUUCGCUUUGCAAAUAGCCAAGGCGAUUCAUGCUUUGCACUCUUCCAAUCCACCGGUGAUUCAUAGAGAUAUUAAAUCCUCGAAUGUGUUGAUCGAUGAUAACUGGAAAGCGAGGAUAGGUGAUUUCGGGCUAGCGUUAAGAGGACACGUGGAGGAUGUCCGCGUUAAAUGCACGCCGCCGGCGGGGACUUUAGGAUACCUCGACCCUGGCUAUCUUGCUCCCGGCGAUUUGAGCACGAAGAGCGACGUCUUCAGUUUCGGGAUCUUAUUAUUGGAAAUUAUCAGCGGCAGAAAUGCAAUUGAUGUCAACUACAGCCCUCCGUCAAUCGUCGACUGGGCGGUUCCGUUGAUAAAGCGCGGCGAUUUCUUGCCGAUUUGCGAUCAUCGAAUCGGUACCCCUGUCGAUCCAGGAGUGAUAAAGAAUCUGGCUAUUUUAGCGGCCAGGUGCGUGAGAUCCACGGCGGAGAAGCGACCGGGAAUGGAAGAGCUAGUGGAGGGAUUGAAAGUUGUGAACAAAAGAGUUCACGCGCCGCUCAUAUGGAACCGUUUGAGGAGGCGCGUGGGACGCGCUGAAGAAUCGCGGACGUUAGAAUCGGUGGUUGAUAGUACAAAUGAAGAGAUGGUUAAUGCAAACAUCAAGACAGUUAGGAUGGGAAGUAGGAGAAACAGGAAAGUAUCGAGUGUUACGAGCGUAGAGUAUGGAAACGAAAUGACUGGGUCAUCAGUGGGCGAGCGAGUUAUCAGAUCAAAAUCAAUCGGAUCAUUUGGCGAGAUAAAGAUGAGCGGCUCUGAUUUAAGAAGAAAACAAGGAGUGGCAGUGAAAAUGCCACUGGUAAAACUAAGCAAGUCAAGAUCAAUGGGAGUAUUGCAAAGUCCAAAGCUUAGUAGCAGAAGCAGAGGAUUUGUUUUUGAACUGGAAAGAGAGAAUGGUUCAAGAGAAAUUGAAGCCUCUAUAGCAAAGCUGUUUAUAGGUUUGGAUGAGAAAUCUGAAAGAGAAAUGCAAGAGAAGCCGUUAGUCUCAAUUUAAAAAUUGUAGUAUUUUGUAGCAGUAACAGUAAUAUCAUAAAUGGUGAACAUUGGUAUUCCUGUCACAUGGAAUGUUGUCAGUUGAUGAAUUUUGAAAUUUUGAAAUUUAAUUGAAUCUUGAGGAUUCAUCAACUUACAACA